AUGGCGGAGCUGAGGAGAUCAGCGCGACUGAGGGCGAAGGAAGUGAGCCGUGGGGCUCGAGUAUCCAGCGUCUACUUCCCCGAGAAGCGAGCUCCGCGAAGAAAGGCCAAUACAGCUAGCAGAGGAUCGAGACUGCGUUUGUCUAGAAAUUCAGGAGAAAAUGCAGAUACAUUGGGAGAGCAGAAGGUGGAGGAGAGUAGUAGACGCCGGAGCAAGAGGACGAGCCCUUAUUUCCACUCUACCUCCAAGAGAAAGAGGAGAGAAGAGAAACCCAAGAAGACGCCAGUAGCGGGACCCGGUGAUGUAAAGAAGGCUCCUCGUCACUUGGACUACCCAGAUUUCGUCCCUCCCUCCUCCCCCUAUGACCUCGUCCAGGAGCAGUUGUACGGGGAGCCAUGGAAACUCCUCAUUGCCACCAUCUUCCUCAACAGAACCACUGGGACAGCAGCCAAGCCGGUGUUGUGGGAGUUCCUGAGACUAUACCCGAGUCCAGAGCUGGCAGUGAAGGCCGACACAAGAGAUCUGGCCUCUCUCCUCAACCCUCUGGGACUCCACGAGAAGAGGGCUCAGAUCAUAAUCAAGUUUACUGAGCAGUAUAUGGCUGGUGACUGGCAGUAUCCAAUUGAACUCUAUGGCAUUGGCAAGUAUGGAAAUGACUCCUAUCGGAUUUUCUGCACUCCAGAAUGGAAAGAGGUUCGUCCAACGGAUCACAUGCUGAACAAAUACUAUGCCUGGUUGUGUGAGCAAAACAACUAUCACCCAACACGCACACACAUACAGUUUUGAAAUAAUCUCAUCGGGUUUAAAAAAAAAGGUAUUACUUACAACAUGGCGACGGUACAUGGGGAUUGCAAUGAAGUGGGAGAGGGUAUUGCGAAAUGUGGGUUGCUAGGUAAUCUGAGAGCCACGGAGAAUGCACUGAUCACACACAAGAUGUCAAACAUUGACUGCAGUCUCUAUUAUGCUUGCACCGUGCUCUAGUCAUGGAGUUGAGUUGUAAAGAUGUGGAAAUGAGGAGGGAGGGGGGGUAAAAGAAAACCUAAACAGCCAGAAGACGAGGUCUACCGCCUCUUUCUGGCUCCCUUCCCCUUCUUCCCCUUGCCGCUGGUUGAGAGCUGCCCGUUCCUCCCGCCACUGGGGGAGUGGUCUUCCUUACUGGCCUCCCCUCCGCUCUCCCCCACUCCUCCGUCGCUCUCCUCGUCUCCCUCCUCCUCGGGACGAGGCGGGAGGACGACUAUGGCCGCGAUACAGAUGAGUUGGAAGACGGCACCGACCAGGAGACCGUAGUGGAGCACGUGAUCCAGCCACGUCUGUUGGAACAGCUCCUCCAGACCUUCUACAGACAUCGUAUCAACUCAGGACAACCGACCAGUAACGGGUAGUAGAUCCACAGCGGAGAACGAGGAUGAACGCACCAACCAACCCGAACGCGCGCUGUAGGUGAGCGCUUAAAUAUUGGGCGCUUAAAAAUUUUGAUAAAAGAGUCACUCCUAAAAAAGAGACCACCACUAAGGUGUUCUGAAGUUCCUCUCUAAAACCUUGAGUAUCUUGUUGAUGUCUUUUCUGUGAAGAUGUCAAGAAAGCACAUUAGCUACUAGCAGUACUAUACAUGUACC